UAUUAGUUACUGCACUAUCGGGCAUCGGCGUAUCGCUUGAUUACCUUGAGGUAAAAAAAACGUGCUCUUUUUAGCAAAAACAGUUUUUGCAAAGCUUAUUCAUCGUUUUAAGUUAAUUUUUUUACAUAAAAUGUCAAAAUUGACCAAAUUUUUCGUUGGAAAUUUGCCGUGGACAGUUAGUAGCCGAGAACUCCGUAAAUAUUUUGCAUCAUUCGGCCACGUUGCUUCCGCAGACGUCUUGUUCGAUCAUUCUACUGGUUUAUCAAAGGGUUAUGGAUUUGUUCAGUUUUCUACACCAGGUGGAUACGAAAAUGUUUUAAACAAUAAUAAACAUGAAUUAGACGGGCAAACAUUGGUUCUCAAAACAGCUGGUUCUUAAUAACUGUUGUCGAAAGUAAAAUUCCUGUUUUUUUUUUUUUUUUUGUAUAAUAGACCUAUUAGUAUAAUAUAUAGUUUAAGUAAUGGAUUUUAAUUUUGAAAAUUUAUCUGCUCGGUUUGAUAAAGCUGUCUCAUAUAUUUCUGGAUCUAAUUUAUCCGAUGUUGACGUGCAGCUUAAAUUGUAUGGGUUUUAUAAGCAAGCAUUGGUAGGUACAUGUACUCAACCAAAACCUUCGAUAUUUGACCUAAAAGGUCGUAAAAAAUGGUAUGCCUGGUCUGAAUUGGGUACAAUGACCAAAGAAGAAGCUAUGACAUCAUAUAUAAAUUUAGUAACAUCUAUUAAUCCAAACUUUGAAACA